AUGGCCGACACAUAUCGCCCCAUAGUAGCAGUGGUCGACUUCCACCACCAGCGUCUAGUNGGUCCAGAAGUCGAGCGAUGGGUAGGAGUAGACCAAGGAUACGAUCCCGCCAUUGACAACGACUGGCAGCUGCUGCCCUUCCUCGCCUUAUCUGACGGUGCCCACGCUGCUACAGAGGACUUCUCGUAUUUUACCCUCGUACUGAAGAGCACACCCGAGCGUUCGCUCUUCGGCAUCAGCUGUACCCGCCAGCUCGACUCGAGAGAGCUGCUCAACAGGCCUGCAGAUGUCACUCGCAGCACCGUCCAGAAGGCAGUCGUCGUCAUUACCGAGAACCCGCAAACAUUCACCGCCAUAAGAGAGAAGCUCAGUGUUGUGACAAAGGCUUGGUUUGCACANAAAAGUUUGAACAAAGGCUUCGGCAGUCAGGAAGAUGAUAAAGAUCUCUACUUUGGUAAGCCUAUGAUUCGGCGAUCUUUAUCGCACUGCCUAUUGACAUACCUCGAACANGGCUUGUCCAUGCGCGAGCUGAUUCACCAGUUCAAAUGGCAGACUCUGGUCUUAUUCAAAUGCUUGUUAUUGCAGCCAAAGGUAGGCUCUACCAACAUCCCAAGAGAGGACAGUGCUGAGAUAGUCCUANNGAUGCUCUUCUUUGGUUCAAACUGUGAAAAGAUGUGCCUGGUCCAGUUUUCCCUCAUAUCACUCAUACCCACUCUUAUGCGCCAUCUUCGCGAUUGCGCCGAUCCCCGCAUGGAUUAUUAUGCCACACACGUAGAGAAGCCUACCUCACUGAGGACAAGCGAACGCGCUUCGCUCCUGGCUUACAUGGGAGUGCCCUUGCAAAUCUUUGGAAAGGGCAGUCUGUUUGGUCCAUAUACGCCAUUGCAACAGCUCGACACAUUGGCUGACCAAGACACAAAAUCGUAUGUUGUCGGGUCUACUAACCAACUGCUUCUUCAGCAGAAGGAUCGCUAUGCAGAUAUCUUGGUGAACCUUGAUGAUAACACCAUCAACGUAUACUCACCAUCUCUGCGUAAUGCUUUAGCUUUAUCGACGGCAGACAGGCGAUGGAUUGAUUUCCUCACCCAAUCUGUUCACGACACUUGGGACGAGAAGAACCCGAGCCGGCCAAAGGAUAUGGGUUACGCAGGCAGCGAAGAAUUUAUCCGCCUGCAGUUCGAAGAGUACUUGCUCUCCCUGCUUUCGUCCUCGAAAUACAGCCGCUUCGUCUCCAGUCACAAAGGUGACCCCAAAGCUCUACUCUCAGAAGUCGAAGGCGAUCCUUCUGUCGAGUUUGGUAGCGAGUUUAUGACUCAAUGGGCCCUGACUGAGAACUUUGCUCUCUUCGAACGUACGACGGACUCGCACUUGUUCGAUGUCGUGGAGCCGCGACACCCUUGUGCCGGUGGCUUGACCAUCGAAGACGUGCAACGCAGACUUGCUGCUCAAGUCUCGGAGCUACAUCUGGACGAGCGUUGGAGAGGCAGUAAAGAAGCUAUGGGCAAGCAUAUCUCAACAGGCCGCGAACGUGUCGCUGGCGCCAUCAACACACUUUGGGCCGACAUCGAAGUGAUGCGAGAAGCUCAGCGUAAACGUGCUGAGGAAAUGGCUCAAGCACAAGCAUCAGUCCAAGCAGCUUCCUCCCGUGCCGGAGCCUAUCUCUCGUCAUGGGGUGCUUGGGCAUCUGAGAAACGCAAGAAUUGGCAGAAGCCCGAGACUAACAAUGCUCCUGCUGCUCCUAUACCGUUGACUUUGGCUUCUACUGAGAUGUGGUCUGCAGAAUACUCCAGACCUGCAGUCACGAGUGUGUCCGAGUUGAGUAAGGAACGCGCACCAAUCGCAGGCGAAAGAAGUAACGAUGUCAAGAAAGUCGAUCAGGAGGAGGAUGCAGAGGAGGAUGUACAGAGGACACAUCAAGAGGACGUUGCGAACCAAGUAGCGGCAGAAGACCCUUGGGCACAAGAGAAGAUUUGA